UUUGCCUUGGAAGGGUUGAGGCAGGAGAGAGGAAAAGCAAUGCCCAGGCCUGGGAGAGGGAAAGGCAGGAUGGACCUGGGGAGAGACCAGCCCCAUCUCCUGCAGGGAGGAAACUGAGCUACCUGGGAACAUGACUGGGAAGAAUAUGCCCAUUCUCCUUGUGGCAGGUGGUCACACCUUGAGGGAGAACAUCCUCCCUGACUUCAUCCCUCCAGCCACCCCGGACCACCUCAGAAUUUCCCAGGGAUUCUCCCUGCUUGUGCUUCCAAGUGAGGAGCAGUAGAGGGAGACUGGGAGAAGCUGCUGGAGGCUUCAGUGGCUGGAGAACGCCAGGGGGAUUUGCAGGCUGGGUUGGUUCAGUUGCUGUCCCACGUGAAGCUGGGGCUGGAGGAUCCUCCCAGCCCAGUCCCAGCCCCAUUUCAUUGUCAGACUCUGACCCUCCGUGCUCCCUGCUGCUGCCUCUGCCUCGUGCCUUCAGGGAUUUGGGCUCCUUCCUCUGUGUCCAGAGGCGUGCAGGGUCAGCUCAACCUGCAGAAGUUCAACCCCCUGUGCCCAAACUCCAAAAGAAGCUCACAAUAGGGGGAUGAGUUUCACAGGCAAAAACAUGGCUCUGCUGUGCCUCGUCCUCCAUCCUGCAAGGUGUGACUCUCCCCUGUGCUGGGGGGAAUGUUAUCCAGAAGUCACACAGUCAGGUGCAAACCUUCAAGUCACUGGAUUGUGGAGCUUGGAGGCACCUCUGGGAGGUCCUGUCCAUGCACUGCCUAGCUUCAGCUGGUCCAUCGUGGUGGGAUUGCUGAGAUGUGCUGUGCAGACUCAGGAGUUGGACUCAACAGUCUUUGUGGGUCCCUUCCAACACAGGGAGUUCCAUGAUUCUGUUCUAGAAUUAGGCUGUGGGAAGCUGUGACCAGGUGGGGUUUGAGAAUCUCCCCGACUUGGACUUCCCAGCAGCUUGGGAGUCUGCUCUGGUUUUGACAGCCCUCACAGGAAAAAAAAGAAAAAAGUUUUUUCUUUUAAGUGACGUUUGCUGUUCUUGCUUUGUUCUUGUCUCAGUCCUUACUGGGACACUCCCUGCUCAAAGGGUUGGCUCCCUGCACCCUCCUGCCAGGGCUUACCUGGGUGACAUCGCCCUGCACCUUCUCCAAGCUGGGCACAUCCAGCUCAGCCUCUCCUUGUGGGAGGUGCAGUCCCCUCAUGAUCAGCAGGGAAUAUCCUUCUGUUGAGAUACUCAAAAACCAUCUGGACACAUCUUCCAGGGAGCCCUUGUGGAGCAGAGGGGUGGGAUGGGGUGACCUCCUGUCGUGCCUUCCAUUCUGCACUAUGCUGUGAUCACCAUCACUUGAUCUGUUCCAGUAUGCCCACAUCUCAUACUGGGAGCACCAGCAUCCCUAGUGCAGAGGGCAGGGGUCAGAUCUGGGAGAGAGGUGUUGCCCAUGGCACCCAGGAGCCAGUGGCUACUUUGCCAGUGGCCAGCUUGGUGCUGCCAAGGUUCCUGGGCAGGGCUCCUGCUUUCCAGCAUGCCUGGACUGGAUAUGUGGGACUGCUGGUCCUCACUGGGCCUGGCUGGCACUGGGGGAAGGAGCUGAGCCUGUGUUUUACUGCUGUGAUGCAAUCCCGCUGCAAUCUGCCUUCCAAGGCUGUUGGCUCGGUGGAAGGAUCUGCUUGAUGGGGCCCCUCUCAGGGCACGAAGACUGCAGUAGCAGAGGGGAGGGGGGUCCUGUGGGGUGGCAGCCUCUUCUUCCUCUGCCCACGUAGGGAAACCAGUGGGGUCAGUAGUUGCCAUCGCCAGGCAACACUGGUGGUGAUCUGUGGGCUCUGGCUGCCAAGCUGUGCUUCUUCCAGGCUCAGCCCUUGCUGGGGCUCUGCCAGGAAUGUUUUGCCCCAGGACUGACCUGGUUGUGACCCCGGAGCUGUGCCCCUUCGCCCCAUGGCAUUCAUGAGCUGGGUGCUGAGAUGCUCCUGCCAGCUGGAGCAGAGCAGGCAGGGCGAAGGCUGGCUCCUCCUGAUGGCAUCUUGGGAUCCUCAGGCUCCAGGGGGACCUCAGCGCCCCUUCCAGUGCCUAAGGGGGCUCCAGGAGAGCUGAAGAAGGACUAGGGACAAGAGCUUGGAGUGACAAGACAAGAGGGAAUGAGUUCCCACUGCCAGAGGGCAGGGUAAGAUGGAAUAUUGGAGAUACAGCUGACUCCCAGCUCUGUUCUCACUGGCCAGAGUGCAGCUCACUGCCAACCCUGCACCCAAAGUGUCUCCCACUCUCCUUAUGCACAGGGACUGGCAGAGCCCCCAUAUCCCUGGCAGAGGUGCUAGCUUCCCCACAGGGCUGGCAGCAUCUCUGGCUCUGCAGGAAGCGUCCUCAUCCCUCAGCAAGCCGAUGCAUUCCACCAGGCUGUGACACUCGCAGUCAGAGUGUCACCCACCGUCUUGUUCUGCGUGGAAAACAGGCUGAAGAAGAGAGGUGCAGUGGGGAGAAGCCGAAGGUCUCCAUGGGGCACUUGGCUGCAGCUGGCUGCUGGGGUGCCGGCGCUGCUGCUGACAGGAUUGCGCUGUCCCGGUCAGCACAGCCUGGCCAUAAACCCGCUGCCUGGCCAGGGAGCCGAUAACAGUGAGGCUGAAGUCCAACACAGGCGGCUCCGGGGGAGCACAUUCCAGCCCGGGGCUCCCGGUGUGGCCUCUUCCAGCUCCGUUUCACCGUGGCGGUGGCCGGGAUGGCUGCAGGCAGGCAGGCGAUGCUGGCCCUCCUGGUGCUGCUGGGUGAGCUCUGCCGAUACGGGCGGGGGUUGUGGGGCUGGAGGGAAGGGGCCUCUGUGCUGGCUGCUCCACUCUGGUCCUCCACAGAGUUUGCCCCAGUGCUGGGCCAGCCACUGGGCUCUGCUGCUGAAUUCAGCCCGGGGUUCCCAGGGUGAGAGGGUGCCGGAGCCCCCAGCACCGGGAUGGGGAUCACCAGUGGCUUUGUUCAGCAUGGGACAGAAAACGUCCAGAUAUUCCUGUUUCUUCCAAAAAGGGGGCUGGGACUCGAAGCACGGGUGUGAUAUAGCAGAGUCAGUGCCCCGGCAGGCUCUGGCACCCCGAGGCUGACGGUGGGAGGUGGCAGUGUGAGAGAUGUGGAGUGCCGGGACAGUGACAGGGGGGUCGUCCAGGCAAAGAGGCCACUGAGAGCUCAGUACCUGCCCCAGCAGGGUCCCAAACCGAGGUGCCCAGGCAGAUGUCACCUGCAGGUCAUGCAUGCCCUCCAUCUCCUGCUGCAGGCACCGUGCUUAGUUCCCUGUGGGUUUUCAGCCCCAUUGUGUCUCUCAUAGCCAGAACCAUCCUCCCCAGUGGAUCCGUGGUUGUCAACAGCUGCAGCAGCGCAGCUGAGCAGCUCUGCAACUUUGUCUGUGACUGCAGUGACUGCUCGGAUGAAAACCAGUGUGGGUACCUACAGGGCUCAGCAGUGCUGGGCACCCCCUUCACCUGUGACUUCGAGGACAGUGACUGUGGCUGGCAGGAUGUGGGCACCUCGACGUAUGGAUGGGUGCGAGGCCGGGCCAGCCUGGCCACGUGGGGCAUGGGGCCUCAUUCAGACCACACGGUGGGCACUGACCUGGGUUGGUUCUUGGUGACCACGUCCCCCCCAGCAAAGACUGUGGCCACAGCCUGGCUCAGGUCACCGGAGAUGCGGGAAGCAGCUGCCACGUGUGAGAUCAGAACCUGGUAUCACCUCUCAGGGAGCUGUGAGAGCACCCAAGGGCUGAACCAGACAGAGCGGCCGGUGCUGCGCCUGGCUGUGGCACACAAGGAUGAGGUGGUGGAGCUGUGGCAGAGCCCUGAGCGCAGCAGUAAGGGCUGGCACCAGCUGGUUGCCUACCCCGGACGGAUCAUGGAGCAGUUCCAGCUCAUCUUCUCUCUGACACAACCACCCACCUGCAGGGCAGAGGUGGCACUCGAUGACAUCAUGUUCAGGAACUGUGGCUUACCAGAGGCUGGGCAGCAGGCCUGCGGGGCCCAGGAGAGCCGCUGCCAGCGUGGCUCCUGCCUGGCACAGCGCCGUUUCUGCGACGGCACCGACGACUGCGGGGACAGCUCGGACGAGAGCGCGGCGCAGUGCAAGAACUUCACCCACUGCUCCUUUGACUAUGAUCUCUGUGGCUGGGAGACAGUGGCUGGGCCACCAGUGUGGGGCAGGAACACGAGCUUGAACCUGGGCACCUCCUACAGCAUUCCCGCUCGGGACCACAGCAACAACAGCAGGGCUGGUUUUUUCCUCCAUGUGAGCAGUGACCCCACUGCACAGACUGGUGGCACAGCUCAGCUCAGCAGCCCCACCUUCCAAGCCACCAACUCCUGUUCUCUCGUGCUGUACUGUCACCUCCAUGGCUCAGCCACCAGCAACCUCCGCAUCUCCUAUGUGACCAACUCUACCAAGCACCUGAUGAGGGAAAGGACAGGAGACCUGGGCAGCUGCUGGGUCCGGGAGAGAGUGGACUUCAACGUGAUGGAUCCCUUCAAGGUGCUGAUCGAGGGGGUGGCUGGCCGCGGGGGGACCGUGGCUAUCGAUGACCUGAUCCUGUCUCAGGGCUGUGUGAAGGAGCAGGAGAAGCCUCUGGUGACCCUGCCGAGCCAGGCAGGUGCCGGCCCCUGCGCAGCAGCCGCGGUGGCCUGUGACAGCGGGGAGUGCAUUGCUGCAGAGCUGGCCUGCGACUUCGCUGACACGUGCGCUGACGGCUCCGAUGAGAAGCGCUGUGGGACAACAACCUUCGAGUCAGGGGCUGGGGGCUGGCACGAUGUCAGCGUGGGGCGGCUGCGCUGGGGUCUGCAGAAGGUCACUGAGUCUGACACCUUCCUCACAGGGACUUUCCUGGCCCUUCAGACAGGAGAAGGACAGAUGGUGGGUCCUGCAAAGGCACGAUCGCCUCUGCUGGGCCCCUCUGGCCCUGCCUGCACCAUGGAGAUGAGCUACCACAUCCACAGUGACCCCCAAGGCUUCCUUGCCAUCAGUGUCACAGAUCACACCACUGGCACCACCCAGCUGGUCUGGCAGACACAACGUCGUGGCAGCACAACUGGGGGUCGUGUCCGUGUCCCUCUGGGAGAGAGAAGCCGGCCCUUUCAGGUCGAGCUGCUGGCACUGGUGGAUCUCCAGGGCUCGGCGAGUGUCAGUGUUGACAACGUGACAUUUGAGCAGUGCUACCUCAACACGGUGUCACCCACAGCUGCGGAGCUGUCCUGCAACUUUGAGAGAGGCAUGUGUGGCUGGUACCAGGAUCUGUCCAGUGACUUCAAAUGGGUCCACAGCACAGGGCAGGGACAGGGCUCUGACCACACCACUGGCUCAGGCUACUUCUUGUCCGUGGACUCCUCUGUGCCGUGGAGCCAUGGGCAGCGGGCCCAGCUCCUCACCUCCCAGCAGGAGCCAGCUGCUGCCCCACGCUGCCUCUCCUUCUGGUACCGUCUGGCCGGCCCACAAAUUGGUACCCUGAGCCUCAAGCUGAGGCCAGAGGGAGGGGAGGAGAUGGUGCUGUGGACCCGCCGAGGAACCCAGGGCAGCAUCUGGCACCGGGCAUGGGCAACACUGCCCUCCACGGGCCAGCGGCGGUACCAGGUGGCUUUCGAGGUGCUGCAUGACGGCUUCCUGGGGGACGUGGGGCUAGACGACAUCACGCAGACAGCCGGACCCUGCGGGGCCAAGCUCUCCUGCUCCUUCGAGGCGGAGGACUGUGGGCUGGCAGCCAGCGGAAAGGGCACCUGGCAGCGACAGAGCAACGGCACUGGCACCACCGCUGGCCCUGUGGCCGACCACACCACCGGCACCGCCGCAGGCCAUUACAUGGUGGUGAACACGGGCAGGGUCUCCCUGCCUGCAGGACACAUGGCUGCCCUCACCUCCCAGCCCUACCAGUCCUCCAUGUCUGCCCAGUGCCUGGCUUUCUGGUACCAGCUGAGCGCUGGGACCCCAGGCUUCCUUAGGGUGUUCGUGGAGCAGAGCAGGGUGAGGAGGAAGGUUCUGAGUAUGAGCACCAUGGAAGGGAGCAACUGGCACCGCAGCCAUGUCACUGUCCAGCCCGAGGGUGACUGGCAGGUGGUGUUUGAGGCAGUGGGAGCUGGGGGUGACCACGGAUACAUUGCACUGGACGACCUGCACGUGUCGGUGGGAGCCUGCCCCAAGCCAGCAUCCUGUGACUUUGAGCAGGACACUUGUGGCUGGAGCAGCCCCUCGGACCCCCGCUUGCACAGCUUUGCCUGGGGCUGGAAGAGUGGGAUCACCCUGGCCAAGUACCCUGGCCCUGAGCAGGAUCACACCCUGGGUACAAGGAACGGUCACUACAUGCACUUUGACACCAGCGUGCUGGGUGCCAGGGGCACCGGUGCCCUGCUGGAGAGCCCACCCCUGCCCGCAGCCAGCGACUCCUGCCUGCGCUUCUGGUACCACAUGGACAUCCCAGAGCACCUCUCCAGUGGGGAGCUGCGGGUGACGCUGCGGGGCGCGGCGGGGCAGCGCACGGUGUGGAGCGUGGCGGGGCACCGCAGCCGCGGCUGGCAGGGCGCCGUGGUGCCGCUGCAGAGCCCCAGCGAGUUCCAGAUCAGCUUCGAGAUCACCACACGGAGGUGGCCGAUGGAGGGGACAGUGGCACUGGAUGAUAUAAUGUACAGCACCAGGGCGGGCUGCCACUCCAGCCCGGAGAGUCCAGUGCAAGAGAAGCCCUCGGGCAGUUUCGUGGCGGAGGUGGUGCUCAGUGUGCUCCUGGCCCUCGUCAUUGUGGCGCUGGUGACUGCUGGAGGCUGGUGCUGGCUGAAACAGCGAAGGGUGGCCAGCAGGACACCGACAGAGAGCAGCACUUCCCAGGGCUUCGACAACAUCACCUUCCGAGACGACAAGGUCAUUAUAUCUCCACGGGAGGGCGAUGAGUCUUGAAAUUAGCAGCCAGCAGCAGGAAUUGCCUGGUCCCCCCUGGGCAGAGCACCCUUGACAGGAACCCACACUCCAUCAGCUGCGGGCUCUCUGCCCCGGGCCCGGGGAGCCUGCCCCGCCCAGGGACACACCGCUGUCAUCGCUACCUCCAAGUGCUCCGGAAAAGCGUUUGUGUUGUUUGUAACAUGAACUUUUUGCUUACAAGACACAGCAAUGUGCCUGUGCUUUGGCAGGGGGCACGAGUCAGA